CUUAAAAGCCACGGCUUUUAUCAGUUGGCUCGCUGACUUUGUCCUGUGAACUUCGACGCGCUGGAAGGUCCUGCGAAGUUUCCGCAUUUCCUUGCUGGUGUGGGUGCGACGUGUUUUGUGAGUGCGCGUGUGUGUGUCUGUGAGAGGGCGCCAACUUUUCGGUGAGACUUUGGCCACCAGUAAACAACAACAAAGCAGAAACAUUGGCAAAAAGCAAGAAAGGCGGAAAGGACGAAGGACGAAGGACACAGCCUGCGGUCAGGGAAGCCGCAAUCAAAAAUUGUAAACAAACACUGGAAAUCGAGCAAAAUCAACAAAGGAAGACGACGCCGCCCUGUAGGCAACGAUUCCGCUGCUAGCCAACAUGGAAAUGGACGUCAAUCGCCCGACCGGCCGCCAUGGCAACCUAAUGACCAUAUCCGCCCGCUGCUCCAACAACAAUGCAGCCGGAGUUGGAGCUGGAGCAGGAGUUGGAGCCGCCGGAAGUGAGGCACCGCCCAGCGGCUGCUGCGGCAUCUUGGGCCGCCUCCUCUGCGUGAGUCGCCACAAGGCCACGCAAUCGGUGGCCGGCAGCGAUCCCUUCUCCCAGCUGCAACUGCAGCGCAAGGGAGUCGCCACACCAGCUGCCGUUUCCGGACAGCGACGCCGCAGGACGCCGCAGGAAAUCUACUUCGAGAGUCGCGGCAAGUCCUGCAAGAAGCUGUUGAAAUUCAAUGGCAAUUCCAACAAGAUACUGCUGUAUCCCGAGGAGGGCUGGGCGAGGACCGCCUCAUCCAGCUACUGGACCAUCACGCCCUGCUUCUGGCAGCCCAAUCGCUGCCGCAUCGUCGAGUGCUCCGGAACCCAGCGGCGCGCGACGAAAGCCCGGAUGCUGCCGCUGGAGCAGCAGGGAUCCCUCCUGAUUGCCGGACACUUUCGUCGGACGACGGCGGGGGGCGGCGGAGCUGCAUCGCCGGCGGGGGGCGGGGCAGCGGGCAAUGGUUCGGUGGCUGCCACGCCCACGCCCGCAAUACCUGCCGAUGCAAUCCGGACGGGGUCAACGGGCUGUGACAAGUCGCAGCCCGCGUGGAACGACGAGUUCAAGCUGUAUCUGACGUCGAACAUCUCGAUGGAGGACUACAACAUGGGCUACUGCCUCACCGGAUUCGUGGAGCGCCGCUGCCAGGUGACCAACACCUUCCAGAUGACUCACUUCGCGGUCAUCAAGCGCCAGUGGCCACCGUCGCCGUCCAACCUGGGCAACUCCUAAGGCGCCUGCAUCCCACUUUUGUAAUUGUGAUCCGACCUUUUGUUCCGCAUUGGAAACGAAAUGAAAUUAAUUAAUUAAUUAGGGGUCUGUGGCUGUUUUUGCUCUUCGAGAAAUUGCUGAAUUCCUAACAACAAAGAUCCGCGCACAGUUAACAAUUAAUAAAUAUUUCAGUGUUUCCCGGAAUUCAAUAAGCCAAAAUUAUGCUCUGUGGCAUACUUUAAAGCACUUUAUAGGUGAUUGUUGAAGCGAAAGUGCUUCUUGUGGCAACGUAUAUUUGUAUUUAAAUAUUUCUUGAGGAAAGCAAAAAAUGCUUGGGAGUGAGAACAGACACAGUCCUUUUAGGAAAAUACCACUUAAGUUUCUAGCAUCUAAGUAGAGCCAAAAUGUUUGUUGUGCAAUCCCGAAUUAAAAUCAAAAGAAGUUUCGCAAGGUCUAUAGAAAAUGUAACAUAAAUUGCCGAGGCCACUAGAUCAUAAGGCUUAGAAAAGUAAUGGCGGAGGGGAUCUUUAAGGUUAUACGACAUUUUCUGCAUGUUUAGUGCGUAAAUUGUAAUUUAACUAAAUGUGCAAGAGAAAUCCGGAAAAAGAGGAAACUAGGAAACAAAAACUUUACGUGUGCUUUCAGUGUUGUGUAAUAUGAAAAACGGAAACAAACCGGAAAAAAUAAGCGAAAAAACCAAAUACUAGUAACUGUUAAAUGCUAAAUGAAACUAAACCGCUUUGCCAACUCACACACACACCAGCACACACCAACACAUACUAACAUCAACACAUACUAACACCAACACGCAGGCACCCACUUACACACUCGCACACUUAAGCCUGGACGGCUACUUAAUGCUUCAAAAAGUGCAACAAAUUGAAACUUGUGCUUGUCGAAGCAUGUGAUUGUGAGUGCGCACUAUAAGCUGCUAUAGCAUACAUAUUUACGAGGCUGUGUGUGUGUGCGAGCUGGUACUCUUUUCUACUACAUACGAAUAUGUACUUUAACGGCCAUGUUUGCGAAACCUAUUGCCUUUAAGCUUUAAAAUAUAAGCACAACUCAACGCAGGCAAGCAAGUCAACAGCUUCGAGCGAUGGCCAUUGGCACUGAACAGCAGUUUGACGACAAGCGGGCAUUAAAGUUAAUUAUUUAACGAGCUGUUUAAGGCAAACAAACAUGAUUUUAUGUCUCGUGAGCUGAUUUCCUGUUUCUAGCAAGUUGCAUGGUCACAUUGAAUACCAAGCGUGCUUUUCUUGGCGGCUUGGUCACACUGCGAUUCACAUGAUCGUGCUCUUGUUCGAAAGCGUGGUGAACUCGCAAAAUUGGUGCUGGAAACUGCUGAUUAGUGUCACUGGCCAUUUAGCCGACUCGUCCAAAACCGAGUUUGCCUACUCUACGCUAAUCUAAGGAACUAAGCCCUAAAUCUCUCUAUCUUUCUCUCACUUACUCAACCCACUGACCCACUCGUGCUACGGCUCUAUCCCUCUUAUUCACUCACUUUGAGCAUGAUACGCAACGUAUAUCAACAAUUCGUCCAAUGAUUGGAGACUUUUGGCGCCACAAAUUGCCACGUGUCAAGUUGGUAAGGCCGGAGCUCCAAUUGCCAAAAACCCUAAGUGUUAAAAAACAAUGAAACCAAACGUAAAGGAAACCAAAGCUAAGUCAAAACUCAACGUAGGCUAAGGAUAGUUUAAAAAUCCAUAUUUACAAGCUAGAAUAUGAAUCUAUAUAUAUUAUAUAUAUAUAUCUAUAUAUUUGUGUGUAGGCUGAACCUUUUUGCGUAUAUAUCUGUGUAUUUGUAUAACUGUAUUGCGAUUACAUAUACAAUAACAUUUUUGCUGUAGUUCGCAUAGCUCGCUUUUAGGCGCUUUUACACGCAAGCGAAUAAGGCCGAAACCUCUUAACUCCCUUAUUUGCUUCAGUCAGAUGUCCCUGCCACUUUGCCCCCAACUCAUUGAUAUUUAAGUAUCAGGUACCUGCCACAAUCAACACGAAAACCAAGUAAACAGAAAAACGCGAAUAUACAUAACUAUUUAUUGAACAAUUACGUCUUUGCAAAUAUCUGUGUCCAUUUUAAUUAGAGAGAAUACAAAGAUGUCCAGAAAUCGAGUUAUUUUUCAGAGAUCACUGGUAGUCGAAACACUCUGCCCCAAAAACCCGCAAAUCGAUGUCGUACCCCCGAGUUGUAUAAAUGUUUAUUAGGGAUUCCUGCUCUCUGUGUGUAGCAAAUAUUUCUGCCUAUGCUUAAAACCAAACACAGACACGAGUUGUUCGGCUUAAAGCUGAAUGUCCAACACUUGAAAACAAAUCGAACAAAACACGCAUGAGCUUUUUUGUAGUUCUAUUUAAACACUUUAAAUAGCGAACAAGUCAACAAAUAAAUUCCGUGCUGCGGAGCACUGGGAAUAAAUUAAUGUUAAGCUUCUGUCGAAAUAAGCGAUGUAAGCGAGCAUAAUUAGUCUAAUCGAGAUAUAAGGUAAAUCGGUAGAAAAAAGCAGAAAAAAAGCAGAAAAAACGCAAAUCAAAUCAGACGGAAACGCAAAUGAAAAUAUAAAUCGAAAUCAAACACGCCGAUGUUAAUGCAACUGCAUAAAUCAAAAGGGAAAAGGG